CGACGGGGUACAUCUUUAUGUUUGGUAGUACACCAAUCUCUUGGUGUUCGAAAAAGGAACCGGUUGUAGUACUCUCUUCUUGUGAGGCCAAGUACAUUGCGGCGUCGUUAGAUGCGUGCCAAGCUAAAGGGUCAUUUUACAGAUGACAGUGCUUCUGUUUCACUCAACCUUCCAGAGUAUUUUACAGAUUUUGAAAUUAAAGGGUCAUGUAGAGGCUUCAUACUUUUCUGCCGUUCCUUAAAUAUCUACCUAUGGAAUCCAUCCACUGGACUUCACAAACAAAUACCUUUUUCUCCUUUUGGUUCUAAUAUAGAUGCAACUUUUUUCUACGGUUUUGGGUAUGACCAUUCAACUGAUGAUUAUUUGGUUGUUUCAAUGUCUUAUCAUGAUUCAGAUGAUACUCAAUUACACUUGGAGUACUUCUCAUUGAAAUCUAAUACAUGGAAAGAAGUUGAGGCUCCUCACUUCUGUUAUAUCUUCGCGUAUGGGCCUAAACGCGGGUGUCUCUAUAACGGAGCUAUUCAUUGGUUGGCUUAUCGUUAUGAUUUACAUUUACAUGUUAUUGUUUCAUUUGAUUUAAUGGAAAGGAAACUUUCAUAUAUGCAUCUGCCACAUGAUUCCUAUGGGAAUCCUUUGCAAUGGGGUGGUUUGUGGGUAUAUGGAGAAUUUCUCAGCAUAUAUACUAAGAAUUAUAGAAAUGAUACCUUUGAAAUAUGGGUGAUGAAAGAGUACAAAGUGAAAACGUCUUGGACUAUGACUCUUGUUCUUCCUCUUGAUCUUAGAUCCAAAGUGACUAUGUAUAUAGAUUCUCUGCUUUUACUCCCCGGUGAUGGUGACAACAAGCCAGAUUAAGAAGAAUGAGGUUUGAAUUCAUUAUUUUCUUGCUAUUUAUAUUGAACUAAAGCAUAGUUCAUAAUUUAACAAGGCAGGUUGAUCCUAAAUGGAUGUAGCUGGAUUUUAUUCUAAUAUAUGUUUUUGUUACUACUUAAA